GCCGCAGUCAACAGUCAACAUGGCUUCCUCUAUUCUAUCCGGCACGAAGAAUCUAUGGCGAAAAUCUUAUCUUUUCGAACCAGUCACUCUUGCCAUCGUUGGUUGUGGCCAACGGGGAAAGGCAUAUGCUAGAUAUGCUCUAGAAUGCCCCGAUGCAUGCAAAAUUGUAGCUAUUGCUGAGCCCCGUCCUCAAGCUCGAAAGAUCUUUUCAGAAACCCACAGUGUCGACGAGACGUUGGUAUUUCACACAUGGAAGGAUCUACAUAGUGCAUCUGCGGAAACUAUCGGUACCAUUGGAAAGCGCCUUGCAGACGCGGUCGUUAUAACUCUUCAAGAUCAUCUACAUGUCGAGGCUGCCUUGGCAUUUGCAGAACAAGGCUAUCACAUUCUCUGCGAAAAACCGAUGGCAACAGAUCUAAACGACUGUAUUCGAAUCGAGGAUGCGAUCAAAAGAGCAGGCAUAAUUUUUGGAAUGGGACAUGUCAUGAGGUAUUCCCCUUAUAGUCAAGAAAUUACCAAGAUAGUACGAUCUGGCAAUUUAGGCAAGUUGGUUAAUAUCGUGCAAGUUGAGCCUGUUGGGCACUACCACUUUGCCCAUUCAUUUGUCCGGGGAAACUGGGCGAAAGAGAAAAACAGUUCUUUUUCCUUAUUAACCAAAAGUUGCCAUGACAUUGACAUUAUAUGUCAUUGGUUUGGAAAGUCCACGCCCAAGAAAGUAUCAUCCUUCGGUUCCUUGCAACAUUUCAGGCCUUCAGGAAAACCAAUACAAGCGGGUGACUCAGAGCGUUGCUUCGAUUGCAACGCUGAAGCAGAAUGCCCGUACAGUGCUAAGAGGAUAUACCUCGAUCGCGUUUCUCGCGGGGAAAUCGGAUGGCCCGUCUCUCCGCUUGUCGAUGGCAUUCCAGAUAUUGAAAACAUCACCGCCGCCUUGAAAACGGGCCCGUACGGGAGAUGCGUGUACGAAAGCGAUAACGAUGUCUGCGAUAAUCAAGUUGUGAAUCUCGAAUUUGAGAAUGGUGAAACUGCUUCUUUCACGAUGGUUGCUUUCACUUCAGCAAUAUGUGAUCGGCAACUCCGAAUGCAUUUCACCCAUGGAGAAAUUCUCGGGGACGGGUUGAACUACACUAUCACGGAUUUUAGUAAACGCAAGACGACGACACACGUACCGAAAAAUGAAGGUGGAGGCCACGGUGGAGGCGAUUUAGGGCUCAUCAGGGCGUUCGUGGAAGCAGUUCGGACAGGGAAUCAGUCCGUCCUUGGAACAGAUGUAGGGGAAGUUCUGAGAAGCCAUUUGACAGUUUUUGCAGCAGAAACCAGUCGAAGAGAAGGGACAGUAGUUGAUUGUGUCCUGUUCGAAAUGCAAGCCAGGGAAAAGCUAAAGGAGGGGGAGAGACAUACCCUCGAACUACGCUAA